GCAGCUCGUUCACCAUACGGCAGUAAUCAGUGAAUUUGAAAAAGUCUAUCUUUCUCAUUGAGCCGCGACAAAUAAAAAUACACGCAGCAAACUUUCCCCGGCUCGCAGUGACCGGAGAUGAAUUACGAAUUCGAGCGAGAGAGCGGUUUUAUCAAUAGUCAGCCGUCGCUUGCUGAGUGCCUGACAUCUUUCCCCCCUGUCGGUGAUUCAUUUCAAAGUUCAUCAAUCAAGAGUUCGACGCUUUCACGCUCGACACUGAUUCCUCCUCCUUUUGAGCAGACCAUUCCCAGCCUCAACCCGGGAAGCCACCCGAGGCACAGCCGGCCCAGACUCAGUCCGGAUGGAUGCUGCCCGCUGCCCACCGCCUCCCUACCCCCGGAAUACCCCUGGAUGCGAGAGAAGAAAGCCUCCAAGAAGAAUCACCUGCCGACUUCCACGGCGACAGCCAUAACGACUGGACCUGUAUGCUUCUCCCCGAAAGGCUCCCCUGAGAUUCUAGAAAGUGGAGGAGGAGGGGGAGGGGGCUCCCGGCGGUUGAGGACUGCAUACACCAACACACAGCUCCUGGAACUGGAGAAGGAGUUCCACUUCAACAAGUAUCUGUGCCGACCGAGAAGGGUGGAGAUAGCCGCCCUGCUGGACCUCACCGAGCGGCAGGUCAAAGUGUGGUUCCAGAACCGCCGGAUGAAGCACAAGAGGCAGACCCAAUGCAAGGAGAACCACAAUGGCGAAGGGAAAGGACUGAGCGCCGGGGACGGAAUCCAGAGCAACGACGAGGAGGAUGAUGGCUCGCUGUUUGAGCAGAGCCUCAAUACAGUGACCGGGGCCCUUAUGGAAAGAGAGGCCUGCUCCUUUCAGCAUAACUCGCUGGGCUCUUCCCAGCAGCUCCAGAAUGUUGGUCCGCACAAUGGCGAGGCCCAAAGUUAUACAGUUUCGCCACUGAGUAGCAAUGACAAAAAUCUGAAACAUUUUCUCAACCCGUCACCCACUGUUCCAGGCUGCGUGCCAACAAUAGGCUCUGCAACUGGCCCGGACAAUGGCGGCAGUCCCGCGGCCCUGGACGUCUCAAUACACGACUUCCAAGUAUUCUCCUCGGAUUCUUGCCUUCACCUCUCCGAUGCCGCUUCGCCCAGUUUGUCAGAAUCCCUGGACAGCCCCGUGGACAAUCUGGACAUAUCUACGGACAGCUUCUACUUUUUCUCGGAGUCACUAACUACAAUCGACUUGCAACAUCUGAGCUAUUGAAAUCAAUCACAAAUAGAACAAGACUUUCAAACCGGAACAUUUAAAGAAUCCAAACUCUGGUUUAACUAUGAAUUUAAUUUUGGUGGUUGUUUUACGCCUAUAUGAUAGGCACAUUUUAUUUUUAUUUAUUAAUUGAUUAGUCGAUUAAUUCAAGGUAAGAGUCUGGACAAAUAUACAGUUGUGGCUUGUAAUUAAAAUAACAAAUUGAUUUCUCAAGAUGCAAUUUGUGUAAAGGUGCACAAUAAUAUGAAUUCUGGUCAUUUUAUUUUUGUAUAGCUUACAAUUCCAUUACUAUUUUUGUUAGAAAUAAAUCUGACUUACCAUAAGGAAAUUGCAA